AUGGCGUCUUCCGAUGAGGAUCGCAAAUCCUCCACCACCCGCCCCUCAAGCCCCGAACAAGCUCCCGAUCUCAGCAUAACCGCCGACGAUAAUGUUUACCUGCACGCAGCCGGCUAUAACGAAUCGCCCGAUCGGGGCCUUAUACACAGCUUCGCGCGCUUCCGCUCUUCGCCGCUCGACUUCAUUCGUGAGGUUUCGCUACACUUUUCAGGCACAGGAUGGCGGUCCUUUGACGAUCAUAUUGGGCAGCCAGAGUUCUACUCGGGCUUCAGCGAGGACAUGAAGGCGAGGGUGUUGAGCAAUCCGAUGCUUGUAGCCAAGGUUCGCGAACUGGCAGACAAGCGAGUGGACGUAGAAGCGAAAGAAGGUUUGUUGGGCCAAGAAGCGCAAAAUGGGGGCGGUGUUGGCGAGAAAGACAACAAGGCUAAGAGGAAGGUGCAGAUUGAGGAAUCGCUUAUGCAGGUCAGCGAGGGCUGGACAGAUUCGAUGAUCUGCAAGAUGGAGAGCAAGGGGUUCAUAAGAGGCGCAUACUAUUUUGCGACACAACUCUUGACAAGAGCAUACCAUCAGGGCGUCCACGUUUCGAGCGAGGAAGUGCUACGGUUACGUGCUGUUGCCGAGAAGGCAGCGAAAGACAAACACUCCAUCAUCUUCCUCCCAUGUCACCGCUCGCACGUCGACUACGUCUCCCUACAAAUCAUCUGCUAUCGGCUCGGGCUAGCUCUACCAACCGUGGUCGCUGGCGAUAACUUGAACAUUCCAGUCCUCGGGUCCUUCUUACAACAUGCGGGUGCAAUGUGGAUACGAAGAAGCUUUGGAGACGAUCAGCUGUACAUCACGCUAGUCCAAUCGUACAUAGAUACUUUGCUGCAAUGCGGAUACAACCUGGAGUGCUUCGUGGAAGGUGGGAGGAGUCGCACAGGCAAGCUUCUGCCCCCCAAGUUUGGCAUACUCAGCUACAUGCUGGACAGUGUCGCAAGUGGCAGGGUGGAAGAUGCCAUCAUCUGUCCGGUUUCGACUCAGUAUGACAAGGUCAUUGAGGUUGACUCAUAUAUCAGCGAACUUCUCGGCCAACCCAAACCCAAGGAGAACCUGAUGGACUUCCUCUCCGCCUCCUCCGUCCUCUCUCUCAAACUCGGCCGCGUAGACGUUCGUUUCCACGAACCUUGGUCGCUCAAAUCAUUCAUCAACCAACAACGCGAACGCUUCUCAAAACUACCCCAACAACUUGAUACCAAAGAGGAUCGACUUCGCCUCCUCCGUACUUUGGGCUACAAAGUCUUGUCAGAGAUCAACGACGUCUCAGUUGUGAUGCCCACCGCUCUUGUUGGUACCGUACUCCUAACAUUAAGAGGUCGUGGCGUAGGUAAAUCCGAGCUCAUCCGCCGCGUCGAGUGGCUCAGCGACCGUGUUCGUGCCCAGGGUGGUCGUGUAGCACACUUUGGCAAUCUCCCCACCAGCGUUGUCGUCGACCGCGCUUUAGAAGUUCUGGGACCUGGUCUCGUGGGCUUGGUCCCCGGAUUACCAGAGGAUACAUUUUACGCCGUCGACAGAUUCCAACUCUCCUUCUACAGAAACAUGACCAUCCAUCUCUUCAUUUUGCAAAGUCUAGUCAGUGCAGCAUUGUACACACAUGUCAAGCAGGGUGGCGGCCCGGAGCACCAGCGCAUGUCGUACGGCGAUCUCCGCGCGCAGGUACACUUCCUCUCGCAACUCUUCAGGGGAGAGUUCAUCUUCCCCACCGAAGGCCUGGAUACAAACCUGGCCAAGACUCUUGACGGACUAGAAAAGGAUGGCGUAAUAACAAUGUCACGAUCGAAAACCGAACUCGGCGAAGAGACUGUUGAUUUCAUCGAGCUUUCUCCUGCUGAGCGGACACAAGGACGUGAGAAUUAUGACUUCUACUGUUUCCUCAUCUGGCCAUUUAUCGAAGCCGCGUGGCUCGGUGCCAUCAGUCUGAUGAUGCUUACACCGCCCGUCUCCCCCACCACUACAUCUACUACACCUACAUCUCCAUCCUCAUCACCCUGGCUCGACCUCAAGAAGGUUCAAGAUCGCGCUCAACUACUCGGUAAAACCCUCUACCACCAAGGCGACCUCUCCUAUUUCGAAGCCGUAAACAAAGAAACGCUGAAGAAUGCUUACACACGCUUCCAAGAAGAAGGCAUGGUUCUCGUUACGAAGUCCAAGGACAAGACUCCUGCCACUAUCACAUUGGCGGAGGAAUGGACUCCGCAAAGAGGGUCUAACGGUGAUAUCAUUGCGGACGGUCCGUUGUGGCGCUUCGCUGAGCGGAUUAGUGCUUCGAGAAGGGAGGGUAAGAAUAGGCGCGAUGGAGCAACGGUGCAAACGAGGGUUUUGGCGCUGGCGGAUCUGGUUGGUGAGAAGCUUUGGGAUGAUGCCGUGUUUGAUAGAAGGGAGCUAGAUAGCGAGGAUGUAGGAGUUGUGGAAGGGAAGGCGAAGAGCAUGAGGAAGAGAGGAAACAUGGCGCGACUUUAG